AUGUUCCACUUCUCUGUGCGAAAGGACUUGCUGCCGGUGGUGUUCUCACUGGGUGGCUUCUGGAACGUCAUGAACAACAAAGCACCCUAUCUCAUUCCCCACUUUAUCACACCGUUCAACUUUGUGCUCACCAUCAUCAUCUAUCUCUGUAUCUUCUUGGCGACCGUCCAGCCUCGCAGCAGCAGUAGGAGCGCCUCUGCGCAUGACACGUCGUCGGCGGCCAGUGACAGGGACAGGUCUUCGGCACCCAACUCACCCUCGCCCUAUGGGCGACAUGGACAGGGCCACGGCUCGACGUCCGGCUCACCCAUGACCACGCACUACUCAGCACACGGCGGCGCCACUGCGCCCUCGACACAGAGCUAUCAUCGCAUCCACGAAUACCUACGCGCAAUCAUACUGGACAGCUCAUUCUACACCAACAUCCUGCAGGUGAUGGGCGUCGUGCUCAUUGUCUUUGUGCUGUUUGUGUCGAUCAUGGCUGGCGGCAUGCUGAUCGACAAGUCCGACCAGUCGGUCGUCAACGUCGUCUGGCAGACACUGGUCAACAUCCUAUACGACACACCCAACGAGAUCUUUCACAUCAACGAGGCCAUUGUCCGCAUGAUCACCACGCUGUUUAUCACGUGUCUGAUCACACUGUAUCACUUCCAGGUGCGCAAGACAUAUACACUCCUCUCGCUGGCCGCAGUGCUGCCACACCUGGCCAUCUCGCUCUACCUGCUCGAGGCGUCGCUGUCGGGCAACCCAGAUGAGGGACGCGACUAUGUCAACGAUCCCUAUGGAGGAGGCAUCUUCUACAUACUCAAUGUGGUGAGCUACGUCAGCUAUUACAGUGGACUGAUCAUCGACAUUGUUCAGGCCAGCGGUGAGAACGACUUUAUGAAUCGAAUCUAUGCCAAUGGCACCCAACAACUUCUGGAGAAGGUAGACUUUAUGCAAAAGAUUGUUGACAAGGUGACCAACUCAUCGAUUGAAGUAUCAAAGGCAUGUGUACAAUUAUCAUCAACGGAUGUCAAUAAGGGACAACUCAAACAUAUCAAUACGAUCCAGAAUAGUACCAACAGGGCUCUAAACCUUGUGGACGAUAUCAAGUUAAUAUUGGCUAUUGAGACAGGAGAUAUAACAAUGGAUGAGACACCAUUCAAUAUAUACUCAUUGAUUGAGGUACUAAUGGAUAUUCUGGCAAAGGAUCUGACAAACAGUGAUGUGGAACUUGUAUUUAGAAUCAACGAAGAUGUUCCAACAAACUUGAUCAGUGACCCAGCUGCAAUCAUACAGGUGUUGUUACAGUUACUAAAGAAUGCUAUCAAGUUCAUGGUGCGUGGAGAGGUUGGUGUUAUUAUAUCAAAGAGCUCAAUGAUGAUGCAAUCAAACCAACAUUUGGAUAUGAAUGAUCAGGACGAUGAUCCUGAUGUUGUGUUGGAGAUAUCUGUGUUUGACAGUGGCCCUGGCAUGACCAACGAGCAACUGGACAUUUGCAAUCAAUUCGCACCAUUCCCCAACUUCAAGAACCCAGGCAGCGAUGAUGUCGAUGAGAUGAUCCUCUCGCCCAUGAGCAAUCCACCAGACGAUGAGACAUCAUCGUCAUGUACAGAGACAAGUGAAGACAAGUAUCACUCAAACAACAACAACAUUGGAUCAUCCACGGGCGACCAAGGUACCACAACAACAACCUCAAACAGUGAUUCAUCGUCACAAGGCACUGGACUGGGAUUGUUCAUAUGCUACAAGAUCAUCAAGGGCCUGAAUGGAACACUGCAGGCACAUAACAAUGGCGACUGUGGCUUGGCAUUUGUAAUGCGAAUACCAUUCCAAGAGGACAACCUUAACUCGACAAACACUGAGAAUCCAUUCGCACUGAGUCGCGACCAGGCAGAGGUAUUUGAUGGCCUGCCCGUGUUGAUCAUCGAUGACAACUCGAACGUUCGCGCCAGCACUGAGAUCAUACUACGCCGUCUGGGAUGUCUGGCAAAGUCUGUAUCGAGCACAGUGGAGGGCUUGCGAGAGCUGAAGCUGGCCACACAGCUCAACCCAUAUCGCGUGGUACUGGUUGACAAUAACAUGCCGGGCUGCGAUGGCCUUGAGACCAUGCAGAUGCUCAAGGACAACCCACUGUUCAGUGAGCUGAAGCGCGUUCUACUGCUCUCACCGUCCGACAUGAUUAUGAAUAACGAGAAGACGGGCAGCGACGCGUGCAUCGUCAAACCUUUGACACCAACCAAUCUCAUCAGAGGCAUCUCGGACGUUCACUCAAUCAAGUCACAUCAUCACAAAAAGAAGUUCCACUCGGCCUACCCCACAAAGGUAUUCGACUCGAUUCGCGGUCCAACUCUGCGUGUGCUGGUGGGCGAGUCCGAUUGCAACCAGCAACAGUCUAUCAAGGAUGUGUUGGACACGUACAACUGCCACUCACGUAUUGUUCAAGAUGGCGCCACAUUGAUAUCGAUGGCCAAGAAGAACUUUUACGACCUUUUGCUCGUCAACUUUGAGCUGCCAGUCAAUUCGGGACUCGAGGUGACAGAGGCCAUCAGAAAGAACGAGGCCAUCGUGGCGGCAAUCACGUCCUCACCGACCACCAAGCACAUUGGACCGGAUAUCCAAGAUGACUCUCUCACUGGCGGCGUCAGUGGUAGUAUUAGUGACAGGGCACAUGCACGCCGACUGUCCUAUCCCCAACUACUAUCCAGUGCCGAGCUGUCGAUGAUGCAUAGGCGACGAGGCAACAUUACGAUCAUUGGUAUCUCCAACCGACCUCUGUCUCAGGAGGAGAUCGACCGUCUGAAGCAAUCGGGCAUGGACGACUAUUGUCUGAUUGAACACUUACCCAACGCAUUGCCAGCACUUCUCGCCGAGCUUGAGAAGAAGAAGAGGAUGUCGCCCACCCAGAAGACUCUGUCUCCGCUCACAACGGUCAUGGAGAAGAAGGACGAUGCCAACAUGCCCACACUCUCAAUGUCAGCCAAGAUUGGCAUGACCUCAUCGUCAUCAUCCACAGGUAGCAACAGCAACAUCAACAUCAACAACAGCAACAGUAACAACAACAACAUCAACAUCAAUAUCAACAAUAGCAACAAUAACAACAAUCAGCCUGGCGGAGGCAGCAGCAGAGCCAUUGCAACAUCGGGCAUUAGCGCGAGCACUGGGGUGCUCAAAUCGACCAAGCGUGUGCAGGACCUGGAGAACGUAAUCAGUCGAUUCGUACCUAUCGAGUUCCAACAGCUCAUCGCACCAUCGGGCAUGGAGCACGUAUAUCUUGGCGACGCCAUCUCAAAGACCAUCACAAUAUUCUUUAGUGAUAUUCGCGACUUUACAUCGACCACCGAGAAGAUGCUCGUCGAUGAUGUUAUCGACUUCCUCAACACGUACCUGGCAUUUGCCAUUCCGGCAAUCACAGACAAGGGUGGCUUCAUCGACAAGUUCAUUGGCGACGCUAUCAUGGCCAUCUUCCCACACAACGACAUACGCGAGCAAGCCAUAUCGGCGGUUAAGGCAGCCAUUGGCAUGAUGAAGUCGUUGGACUUUAUGGCCGAGUCUGGUUUCAGGUUCAAGAGUGUAGAGACAGGUAUCGGAAUCAACACUGGCAAGACAAUCAUUGGAAUCGUUGGCACAGAGACAAGGAUGGAGCCAACUGCACUCGGAGACCCUGUCAAUCUUGCGUCGAGAACUGAGCCACUGUGCAAGGAGUAUGGAUCGAGGAUCUUGGUGACUCAGUUCACUGUCGAGGCAAUUGGAGCAUCAAUCGAUGAGUUUACCAUUCGUCUGGUGGACAGUGUCAAGGUCAAGGGCAAGAGUGAGGCAGUGGACAUCUACGAGAUCAUUGAUGGCGAGCGUGAUGAGAUCAAGGCACUCAAGAUGAACAUCCUGCCCUCAUUCAACAUGGGCGUUGAGAACUUCAAGAAACAGAACUAUGAAGAGGCCCUUUCUCAAUUUCAGAAUUGUGCCGAAAUGUACCCAGGUGAUAAACCGACACUCAUCUUUAUUCAAAGGUGUAUCGAGUCUGUGGAGAGUGCGAAUGAAUAA